AUGACAUGUUUCCUGGCUCUGAGCAGUCUGAAUGACUGGGGCAAUCCAUUGUGGGAUCAAAGAGAGCUGAGUAGAGACACCAGGAGGGUGAGUGAGACGAGUGAGAGCGGCGAGGAGGGGUGGGCUCAAAGUGACCAGGAGGGACGAAGGGAGGAGACAGAGGAGGACAUGGAUCAGGAUGAACUUGUGGAUUCUCACAAUGAAGAUGAAGAAGAUAAUGACAGUAAUGUUGAUGACAAUGGGAAUGACCAUGGUGAUGAGGGUGGUCUGAUUCUUGUGGACAAAACAAGUUGUGUUGAUGGACAUGUUGGCAAGGCAACAAGUAUUGAUGCAAUACCGGGCUUUAGGGACGACAGAGAGUUUGCUAUGCUGGAGGGAGAAGAGGAAGGAGAACGUCAGACAGAAGGCGGUGACUCUGCUGAUGAAGAGGCAUUUGAUGACUGGGAUGAUGAAGAGUAUGUAGAUUACGAGGAUGAUGACAAAGACGACAAGACGCUCUACCACUGUUUCGCUUACCCAACCAAAGUGUUUCAGAAUCUGGAGAGUUUCAGGCACUCCUCCUUGUUCACUGACCUGACUCUGAGCACUCAGGAUGGGCAGAGUCUCCAUGCCCACUCCCCUGUCGUAGCCGCCGUGAGCUCCCUCAUCCAGCAGAAGCUGAGAAUGAAGUCGAAAUGGAGUCAUUCAGACAUUCUCGUGUGUUUAGGCCCCGAUGUGACCCAUUUGGGUCUUGCAGCCGUGCUAGAGUUUGCUUACACAGGAAACAUUCCUACUCUUUGCAAAGACACAAUCGAUUACAUACAGACUGCAGCCCUUGCACUGGGAGCACAAAGAGUUUUGGACCUCUGCAAACUGAAAAAUGAGGAAGAUGAGAAGGACAAGAGGGAGAAAGAGGAGGAGGACAAGAAGGUAAAAGUAACUGAAAAGAAUGGAGAGAAGGAGACAAAUAGCCUAUCUGCUGCAGAAGAGCUGGAGAUUACUUUGCAGUCCAUUAGAGAUCUGUGGGUGGAGAAAGCUGGCUGUGAUAUUGUGCUGCAGGCAGAUGAGCGACUGUUUCAUGCUCACCGAGUGGUCCUUGCUGCCAGCAGUGACUACUUCCGUGCCAUGUUCACCAGUGGCAUGAGGGAGACACGGCAGUGGAUCGUGGCACUCCACUCCUUGGGCGACGAAGAGCUGGAUGCUUUCCUCCAUUGCUUUUACAGUGGAUCUCUGGAGCUUAGCUGGGGCUGGGUGUUUGAUCUCGUUUGUGCUGCCUUGCAGUUCCAAGUCGAGCCUGCACUUUCCCUUUGCCUUGACUUCCUCCAACAGGAAAUAGAUGCACACUCUUGCCUCGAUGUGGCCUCCUUUGCCGAAGCCUAUGGAAUGUGGGACUUACUACAGUUUGCUGAUGACUUUGUCCUCAGGCAUUUUCAAGAUGUGUCCACAAGCCCCAAAUUCCAGCACCUGCCCAAAGACAAGCUGCUUAGGUAUCUGGAGAGUAAUGCUCUGUGUGUUCCCUCUGAGAUUGUUGUCUUGCGAGCAGUCAUGUCCUGGAUCAGUGCGAACCCUAACCAGAGAGUGAGACUAGCCAGUGACCUGAUCAAUAUGAUCAAGUUUCCUCUUUUGACUUUCAAGGAAUUCAGCGAAGCAAAAUCUAUUGCCCGGUGCUCCCAACAAAGCAUGCGAAACCUGUAUGAGACCAUGCUUGAAGAAUUCUGUUCACAAGAGAUAGAUAAAGAAUCUGAGUUCAGGGACUAUUUGCCUAAGGACAAUUUAGUUCUGGUAGGAGGAGAUGGAAUCACGUCCGACAUGGGGAACCGCAAAGCCAGCCGAGAGCUGUGGUACAGCAACGCCCUCCGCAACCACACAGGUAUCAUCAAACAGGUGGAGUGGAGGUUUCUGGGAGAGAUACCGGAGACACCAAGGUUCUGUCAUGAAGUCGCUGUUUUGGAAGACAAGCUGUAUGUGUGUGGUGGCCGCCAUUUCUAUGGCGAAAUGGACAUUAUGAAAUCCAUGUUCAGGUAUGACCCUUUUGACAACACCUGGAAAAGACUUGCAGACAUGCAGGUGGAAAGGGGACAGUUCUCUAUGGUGGUGCUCAAGGGAAUGAUUUACGUCAUGGGGGGUGACAGAUUAAACAUCAGUGUGGACAGUGUGGAACGAUACUGUCCUAACACAGACUCCUGGAGUUUUGUCCACCCUCUGGACCAGCCCAUGAGUAGCCACGCUGCCUUGGUGUGGAAUGGAGAUAUCUACGUCUCGGGAGGCUACAACUGUGAGUACCAGUGUUUGGUGUCCAUGUUCCGCUACCAUCCCGAGAGAGGAACCACCUACCUGGCCGACAUGCCCCACAGUCGGGCUCAGCACCGGAUGGAGUGUGUGGGUGAUCAUUUGUAUGUUGUCGGUGGACUGUGCGACAGCAGCACCUUGGACGACCUGUCAUGCCAAGUCUACAGUCCGGAGUCGGACUUCUGGAGCAGUAUUCCCCCAGUGGCCACACCGCACGUUGGGGCAGCUUCAGCCGUUCUGGAGGACAAGGUCUACAUCCUAGGGGGGUACAGUCAGAUGGACUAUAGCGAUUGCAAUCUCAUUCAUCGCUAUGACCCUGUCACAGAGUGCUGGGAGAACAUGGGAGAGAUGCCGGGUCCUACUACUGAAGUUCGUGCCUGUCGACUUUCCCUGCCCAGCCACUUAAGAGAGUGAGGAAGACUGUGAAUGUGUGUGUGUGUGUGUGUGUGUGUGUGUGUGUGUGUGUGUGUGUGUGUGUGUGUGUGUGUGUGUGUGUGUGUGUGUGU